AGAGAGGUAUUCAGUUUAGUUUGCUGUUGAACGGCGUGCAAAGUGACAGAAAGUAACAAUGCGUUGGGUUCAUAGUUGGCGUUAAGUGCUUAUGUUCAACUAACAUAAGUGUACAGGUAUUCUAUAACGACAUUAUCAAAAAUUUUACGCCGUAUAAAUUUUGACACAGUAACGAGUAAUCGUUUGCAGUUAAAGUAGUUCAUUGCAAAUGACAAUUCUAAAAACGUUCAAUAAUAUGAUUUUUACGUGUUCCUUAUGAUUGGAAUAAAAGUUCUUAAAAGUUAUUUGCUACAAAAAAUAUAGAAAAAUUUUAAAAGUAAAUUCCAUUUAGGACUUAUAAGAAAUAACGAUCUGAACACGUUUAACAAACCGUAUUACACAUAUAUAUCACAAUGGAAGAGUAUGCCAGAGAGCCAUGUCCUUAUCGAAUUGUCGACGAUUGCGGCGGUGCUUUUGCUAUGGGAUGUAUUGGGGGAGGCAUAUUUCAAGCCAUAAAGGGUUUCAGAAACGCACCUUCUGGUAUAAGCAAAAGAAUGAUCGGAAGUUUGUCGGCUAUUAAAACGCGUUCUCCCGUCAUAGCUGGAAAUUUUGCAGUUUGGGGAGGUAUGUUUAGUACAAUAGAUUGUACACUGGUUCAUUAUAGAAAGAAAGAAGAUCCAUGGAACUCUAUUAUUAGUGGUGCUGCAACUGGUGGUAUAUUAGCUGCAAGAAAUGGAAUACCUGCUAUGGCUGGAAGUGCAAUUAUUGGUGGUGUACUUUUAGCAUUAAUUGAAGGAGUUGGUAUACUAUUUACACGUCUUUCUGCUGAACAAUUUCGUACUCCUGGUCCACCGUCUGAAGAUCCUGCUGCCUUGGGAGAUCCUUCAAAAGUGUUUUCGUUUGGCCAAUCUUCAAGCCCAGGAGAAUACCAAUAAAUUAUAAGUUUAUAUUUCAAAAUUGUAACUUUUUAAAAUACGAAAUUUAUUCUAAGAUAUAUUUAAUUUUUUUAGUGACGUAUAUACAUUUAAAAAAAUCUAAUUACAUUGUGUUUAUUGUAUCCUAAGAAGAUUAACUAAAAUCUGGUAUGGCAUUAGUGACAAUAUACCAUACAUUAGUACAUAGUUUUACCUGAUAAUUUGAUUUUGAAAUAGUUUUGUAUAGUUAAUACUUUAGUUAAAUAAUUACAGAAAGUAGUGCUUAAUAUUACAUUGAAAAGUGUAUCUAAUAAGUGUUUUUAAAUUAGAAUUUAUUUGUUAUAUAUCUACUGUAUUGAUUUUCAUACAAGCACCGAAGCUACCCUCCAUUUUACUAUCAGUGUACUCUAUUACACUCUAAGCGCAAAUACAUUAAUUAUCUCUGUUCUAUUAUUAGAAGAAAUUACUAAAUAUAUAUAAUUUUAUAAAUUUAUUU